AUCCAGCAGGUGGCGGUAAUGACCCUAGAUGCUGCUGUAGACGCUUUAUUAGCAGCAGCAGAAGAAGAGACGCGCGGCGGAUGUAAGCUAACGCCGUUAGCGUUAGCAUCGCUGUGUUUGUGCUGGUUGGGAGGCGGUGUUGGGUGUGAGGUGAGUGUGGAGGCUCUGCAGCAACAUGUCUUCAGCUCGGGCUCUCAGAGAGUUUAUCAGCGAGCGGCUAACUGCUGCUGCUGGAGAAAUAUUCUCCGAGUUUGAAAGAACCAUCGUCCGCUACGAGGAGGAGAUCGAUCGUCAGCGCAGACUGCUGGAGACGAGCCGGAAACCACGGAUCAACCCACACAGAACAGGUAUGGUCAAAGAAAUGCCACAGUGCUGUGGUAGGAACGAGGAGGAGCCUCAGAGAGACCAGCAAGUCUGUGACCAGGACAGGAAAUCCAGUUUGGACCAGGAGGAACCAGAACCUUUGCAGAUUAAAGCCGAAGAGGAGGAGCACUGCAUCACACAGGAUGAAGAGCGGUUCGUAACGCAGCAGGAGUUCAUUGCCUUUAUGGUGACUCCUACUUCUGAUCAAAGAGAACCAGAACCAAGUAGGGAGACACUCUUGUGUCGGAACUAUCCCGAAACUGGAUACCGAGAUCAGACUGGGGGCGGGAAUGAAGACCAUGGACCACGUAGAGAUGAAGAGCCGAGACAAAACCAGAGAUGCCCACAAACCAAAGGUCACAGAGAUGAAGGAUGGUAUCCACGCUUCACACAAUGUACGUUGUCUCAGGACAUCCAGUGUGACCCAAGUGAGAAGCCCUAUUCUUGUCAAAUGUGUGACAAAAGUUUCAGCAAACGUUGUUCGUUGUUGUUGCACAUGAAGACCCACACAGGUCAGAAGGUGCACUCCUGUCAGUACUGUGGUAGAAGCUUCUCCUUAAGCCACCAUCUGAUCUAUCACCUCAGAACUCACACAGGUGAGAAGCCCUUCACCUGUCAGACGUGUGGAAAAAGCUUCAGUCAGAAAAACACUUAAGUAAACCACGUAAGGAUUCACACGGGUGAGAAGCCAUACCCGUGCGAGACCUGUGGAAAACACUUCAGACAGAAAAGUGCUCUAAAUGUUCACACGAGGACCCAACACGCGUGAGAAGUUGUGGUGCACAGGCCAGCCAUGCCAGUGCUUCCUUAUGGGAAGCAAAGGGCCGGGUAACGCUCCCAUUCAGCAUGUUCUCUCUGCAGCACUACCUCACCUCUCAGCAGGCUAACGGAAACGUGGUGAAGCCCCAAAAAAAUGUGUAAGACUAACAAGUUCCAGUUUUUAAGUACCCUUUAUCUCAUGUGUGUGACCAUAUAUGUACAUGUUUGUUCCUUGUGCUGAAGACUCACCCACAGUUGUGGGUCUGGAACACGAUAUUUCAGUUCCAAGUCCCGUUGCAGCUGGUUGUAACGCUGCCUUGCCCUACCACAUCGUUGUGAUGUGCACCCAGCCCCACGUGUUCGCUGUGCUUAAUAAAAAUGAGCCGCGCAGAGGAGAACUUUGGAGUUGAGCAGAGACACGACUGUGUCCUGUUUAACGUCUCCAUUGCUCUCUCCCCUUUGCAAAGCUGAAAAGACAAAA